UCUCUCCUGAUAAAGGGGAAUUGUGUUUAUUAACACACCUUAUAUCUCUCCAUCUGCUACGUACCUCCGUGUACUGUGCUGGGUCCUCUCUAUACACAAGUUAAACGCAAGAAAGAAAAUAGGGGAUGGUGGUGAAAUUGAGAAGAGGCUGCCUCAUAAUAGCAGCCUUGUUCAUUGUUUUGCAGGCUAAUUGUGAAGCUCAGAAAAGUGAGUGCAGCCCUUCUUCAUGCGGGAACCUUGUCAACAUUAGCUACCCAUUUUGGUUGAAAGGCCAUGAUCCUCCCCCGGAGUGCAGGGACCCUCGAUACGAGCUCUCCUGUGAGAAUAACCGAACCGUUCUAUACCUGUAUUCAGGGAAGUACUAUGUAGACUCAAUCUCUUAUCGGAACCGAACCAUGAGAGUGGUUGAUUCUGGUCUCCAGACUCACAAUUGCUCCUCUCUACCUCUUUAUUCCUUGACAAAUCUAGCUAAUUUCUCGCACUCGACAAAUCUAGAAAUCUUCGGUACUACUGAUACAGAUCCUUUCUUGUACCCGUCGAGUAGGCAAUUGGAAAACUAUAUAGUUUUCUUGAGUUGUGAAAGCCCAAUAGUCCCAUUCACAGCUAAUUCAUCAUCAUCAGCUCCACACUUUGUGGAUACCUCUCCGUGCAUUAACGGUUCUUCGGGUUCCCAAUAUUCUUACGUUUUUGUGGGAGAUGAGUUGAAUUAUUCAGAUGUACCGGACUCGUGUACCAUUGGCACAAUGGUUCCAAUUCGAAAGUUGCAAAAGGCGGGUGAUCAUCGUUCUUUCUCUGAGAUACAUUAUGAAAUGGCCAUGGGGUUUGAACUCUCAUGGUAUCAAAUUGAUUGCGGAAGCUGUAAUGAAACAGGGGAUUUUUGUUAUGCUGAUGCAAGUCCCAAUAAUUACACCAUCAUCUGCAACCCCGGCUGCAAAGGAGGACUUUUCCAUUCAAUUUUCCAUUAUACCCCCGGUCAAAGUUGCUUUAAGCUAAACUAUUGGUUCCCAUUUUACUACAACGUACUACGGCCUUCUCUCAUUAUUAUAGGGUUAAUCCUAAGCUGCUUCUUGACGCUUAGAACUUUAUUGGGAUAUCUAUGUUUCCCCAUAUUAUUGAUCUAUAUGCUGCGACGAAGGCACCUCUCCUUGGAUGCUAACAUUGAAGAGUUCCUACAAGAGCAUAACAAUCUAUUGCUAAUUCAGUACUCAUACUCAAAUAUUAAGAGGAUGACUAAGAAUUUCAGUGACAAACUCGGUCAAGGAGGUUUUGGGUCUGUGUAUAAAGGAAAACUCCGCAGUGGCAAUCUUGUUGCCAUCAAGAUGUUAGCAACAUCUAAAGGUAAUGGGCAAGACUUUAUCAAUGAAGUUGCUACUAUUGGGAGGAUUCAUCAUGUCAAUGUGGUGCGACUUAUCGGAUUUUGCUUUGAGGGAUCAAAAAGGGCUUUAGUGUACGACUUCAUGCCAAAUGGGUCAUUGGACAAGUACAUCUUCAAUCAAGAACAAAGAGGCAAUAUUUCCUUAAGUAGUUGGGAAAAGAUGUACAAGAUUGCCCUAGGAGUAGCUCAUGGGAUUGAAUAUCUCCAUCAAGGUUGUGAUAUGCAAAUUCUACAUUUUGAUAUCAAGCCACACAAUGUUCUUCUGGAUGAGGAUUUUACUCCUAAAAUUUCGGAUUUUGGGCUUGCCAAACUAUAUCCAGUAGUUGAUAAUACUGUUUCUCUCACUGCGGCGAGAGGAACAAUAGGAUACAUAGCUCCAGAACUAUUCUACAAGAGUAUGGGAGGUGUCUCCUAUAAGGCUGAUGUUUAUAGUUUUGGAAUGUUGCUAAUGGAAAUGGCAGGAAGAAAGAAGUAUGUGAAUCCAUAUGCAGACAAUUCGAGUCAAAUUUACUUCCCAUCAUGGAUAUACGACAAACUAAAUCAAGGAGAAGAUAUGGAAAUGGAAGAUGCCAGUGAGGAUGACAAAAAAAUAGCAAGAAAGAUAAUCAUAGUAGCAUUGUAUUGCAUACAAAUGAAGCCUGUUGAUCGCCCUUCCAUGAGCAAAGUCAUAGAAAUGCUAGAAUCACCCACUGAGCUUCUACAAAUGCCGCCAAAGCCUUUUCUAGCAUCACUUGAAAGAGUAGAAGAAGAUCAUAUAAUUAUGGAGUCAUCACCCAAUUCCGAAUCAUCUAGUUAUAAUUCAUUGUCAUACAAUUCGAUGAUAUAAUCAUCAACUUAAAUGUAAUUAAUCUACUAUAAAUUGUUAGUUAUUUAGUUGAUAAUUAAGCAAUAGUUUGUCUGCUGUAAUCAAAUAGAAAAUACAAUUUCUUUGAUUAUGUAUGACAGUUGUCUAAAUCUACAUAUGUUUCUUUAAUGGCCUAGGAAGG